AGUGUGAACGUAACGCCAAAAUCCGAAACGGACAUACAGAGCAGAGGGAGAGAGAAAGAAGGAAGAAAUGGCGAGGGAGAGAGGUCGCAAAUGGCUGCUGUCGCUGACGAUCCUCUUCAUACUCUCACAGAAUGGUGAAGGCAUUUGGUUUCAUUUGCCGGAGACCGGCUCCAAGUGUCUGUCGGAGAAAAUCUACGCCGACGUGAUCGUUUUGGGAAAUUACUAUUCUUUCUCGCCUUCACGCGCCGACCCCGCCCCCACCAUCGCCGUCGAGGUUACAUCACCGCUUGGAAACAACCUAUAUCACAAGGACAAUGUAACAAUGGGAGAAUUUAGCUUCACAACAACUGAGGAAGGAAUCUAUGUUGCAUGUUUUAGGGUUGAUGGCCAUAAUUCGAGUCGGGGUUUAACUGCUAGCAUUGACUGGAAAACUGGGAUUUCUACAAAGGAUUGGGAAUCAGUUGCAAGAGUUGAGAAAAUAGAGGGUCUUGAGCUUGAGUUGAGAAAGCUUGAAGAGACAGUGAAAACAAUUCGUAGAAGUACAAUCGGUCUUAUGCUCAGAGGUUAUAAGCUGCAGAAGGUCAGCAUAACAACAAAUGCUAGGGUGGCAAGGUUCAGCUUGAUUUCUAUGGGAGUUUGCAUCGCUGUUUCAACUCUACAAGUAUGGCAGUUGAAACGGUUUUUUGUAAAGAAGAAACUUGUUUAGGUUUUCUUUGUAAAAAUUUGU